GUGCGUAGUCUUUGAACUUUUAUAAUUUCUAUGUUGAUUGUCUGUGAACUUUGCUGCCAAUAUUUUGGUUCUGUUGAUUAAAACUAUUUGUUUUCGAAAAUUAAACCUCUUAAAAGACAAUCAAUACUUCAUUCCAUAGGAACACGUUGUGUAGUUUAGUGCGAAAAUAGCAGAUAUGCCCGUAACUUCGGUAAUCAAACAAAGCGAAAUCAGCCUUAUGUAAAACGGUAACACUCCACACAAGCACCCCAGAGGACUGGGGUUGUUAUUAUAAUACAUCAAACAAAUGUCAUUUUGCGGAGAACAACUGUAGCUCAAAAACUAUCAAAAUGGCCACGUCAGUUUAUGCAACUCCACCUCCCGAUUUCAGUGGCGAAGAAGCUACGCUCAGUGACAUCUCCAACUCGUCGCAAACGAAUAGUUCCAACAAUUCAGCAAUGAAAGCUUCGAAACGGUCACUGUCCUCUGCUUUCCUGAAUUCACCACACGCCAUCAACACUAUCACGCAGCUGAGCUCGGACAGUUUACCGGAUUUGUCGAAGAAACGGCGGAAACAAUCGAUGCCCAGUCGGAUAUCAGCCAAUGGACAAGAAAGCAGUAUUACUGUGGACGCCGGUGAUCACGGUGAUCACGAGAGCGAAAAGAAUGAAACAGAAAAAUCAGAGACUUAUGCGAUCGAAACGAUUGCCAACGCGUUUGCAGAGCAGCAAAACAACUUCCAGAAGAUAUUUCUUUCCAACCUUAGUCAAUUACAGAAGCAGCACCUUCUCCAGCAACAUUUGAAUGAGCCGGAUGAUGUUGCAAGUGAAGAGCAACUUCUAAAGGGCACAAACCCUAUAAUUUCUUUAAAAACCAGGGAAAGUUUGCUCAGUACAUCUACUGCAUUGGGAGACCACGAAAGUAUGAAAAUGGAAUCUAAAAAUUCAAAAAGUGGUGAUGAUUUACAAGUAAAAGUGAACGGCAGUGGAGAAACCAGUUUUGACCGCAAUGAGAACGAAAUAGUGGAACGAACGAAUAACGGUAAUGUUGAUUCCUUGAAUCAUACCGAGGAAGUGCGAAUGGAAUUAUCAAAUGAUUGCCAAUUGGAAGAACAAUCAAAUCGUGGAUUUACAUUCAAAAAGGAAAUACUACAAAACACGGAAUGGGACGGUGAAAUUCGCAGUUCGCUGAUGCCGAAUGACUUCAAAUCGGAUGAUUGGCUGCCAAUUCCUGGAUUGCCGUUUCCGUUUUCACCGGAGGCAGCAGCAUCUCUCUCUGCUUCCGGAUAUCUUCCACAGAUGCCCCUACUAGGCAUGUCGUCCGUGUCAUCUUUCGGAUCGAGCGAAAAUGCAAAUCGUACCAAUGUACCACCGUUAAGAAUUUUCAAUCCUGAGGCGUACUGUGGUCUUUGUAAUAAGGAAUUCUGCAACAAGUACUUCCUGAAAACGCACAAGGCCAACAAGCAUGGAAUCUACGAACCGCAGAGCGGUACCAAUGAAAACAUUCCCAACAUUGGUUCAUUUAAUCCGCUUCAUCAGUUUUCACAAGUAUUCCAACUACAGCAACAACAAGCAGCUCUUCAGGAGCAGCAGGAUAAAUCAAGUCAUCAAAAUCAUAACCAAAAUGCGGAGUCCAACACACAACAGCCGUCGCAAUUGCACCAAUCAAAUACCCCAAAACUGCCAAUGAACCAGAUUCAACCAACAGUGUUUUGUGACAUUUGCUUCAAAAAGUUUAGCAGCCUCAGUGCAAUGCGUAAACACAGAAGCAAAGCUCAUGAUAUGUCAUCGAAUCAACAGCAUCAACAACAGCCGUCACAAUUGCAGCAUCAACCGACUCAACCGAUUGCCGAUCCAAAAUCGGAAACGGAACCAACAUCUAAUCACGAGCAAACGACGCCAAGUUUAGCACCGUUGCGACUCCCCGACGGAUUCCGUGAAGAUUACACCAUUGAACAGGAAGAUGCAUCUUUCACGCCGCAACCACGUAAACUAUCUCCCCUUUCGAUUCAGGCUGCUCGUGAGGCCAACUUUUCUGUAGAUAAACUAAAACGUCUUGGUGUGAUCAAUCCGGAUGCAUUUUGUGAAAUAUGUUGCAAAGAAUAUUGUAAUAAGUAUUUUCUGCGAACUCAUAAAUUGAAACGUCAUGGAAUCUUUCCACCGUUGGAUGACAUCAAAGAGGAGCGCAAUCCGUGGAGUUUCGUUCAGACCAGUCCACUUAAUCUGAUAGUUGGUAGUAAUGAUGCUCCUGGGCUUCCGCCUCCAUUGAAAAAACUAACCGGGAAUGUUGAGAAUAGUCUGGACAAAUUAGAAAUACUGAAAGACGGCGGUCAGAAUGAAGCUACAGACGAAGAUCAGAAUCAUCGAGAUGAGCCGGAUGAAAAGCAGAGGGACUCGAGCGCAGAACAAGAUGCAGAAGCUAUCAGCGUAGACCUGCAGAAGCUGCAGUCGAUGAUAAUGCAAUUGAAUGAUUUGAACAAUCAACGAAAAAUGACGUGCGGUGUUUGUGGUAAGGAGGUUGAAAAUCAGUACUUAUUACAUGCCCACAUGAUUCAGGAGCACAAUAAUAUGAAUGAGAACAAUAAUGGAGGAAAAUCACCUCCGGAAAUCGCCCUCAUACCAACGUCGCCUAAUGAGUAUGAAAUGUGUAAGCAAUGUGACAAAGAGUUUUCGAAUGCAUACAUGCUGAAGCAGCACUUGAUGGAGGUUCACGGAAUCGAAAAUGGGAGUCUGAAGCGGGAAGGUUUUAUCACACCGGAUCGUCCGACCACCACUCCUACAUUGAAUAUGCCACCGGGGCCGAGUUAUAUUGAUAGGAAGCCAGCUUUCUCAAUGACUCCUACGAGCAGUUAUUGUGAGAUAUGUAACAAAGAGUUAUGUAACAAAUAUUUCAUGAAAACUCACAUGCAAAGAAUGCAUGGAAUCGAAAUCGAGAAUGGGGCGCAGAUUGGUGGUGUCGUAUGCAACAUUUGCAAUAAAGAGUUAUGCAGUAAGUACUUCCUUCGUGUGCACAAGCACAAUACGCAUGGCAUCAUUGAAGAAGGAUCUCCUUUGCCCCAACCCCGAAGCAAUGGUGAACCGACAAGUGUAAAAUCUGAAGGUCCAUUUCCUUCAGAUAGUUUGUUGAAACCAGGAGAAAUCUCCAAUGCUAGUAACCGGUAUUAUUCACACUUUACCGAGGUAUGCCCGUUGUGUAGUAGAAGAUUUAGAAGCGCUAAAUGGCUUCGUGCUCAUCUCUUAAGUGAUCAUGGUGCGGUGGGUGUGGAUAAACUUCGAGAAAUCGAGCAUAAAUUGGGUAGUGGAAGUAAGUCCACUAGCCCAUCCUUGAAGAUACCCAAUGGAGUGCUACAAGUAGGCAAUGAGCAAAAAUUCAAUCCGAAAUCUAAUUUUGGAUUCCAAUCCCCGGAUGCAAAAUUUCUCGUGAAAAAUCCAUUCACCGGUUUGUUUGGAGUGGAUCCUACAAAUUCCAACGUCGGUCCAAAAGGUUACCAGUGCUCGUAUUGCCCAUUUGCAACUCCGUUACUUCCAUUGCUCUUCAUCCAUGAAAGAACCCAUACAAGUUUAAGUAUUGUACAACAGCAGCUACUGCAGGAGGAAGAAAAAGAACAGAUUGACGAAUCUGCAGGGCAGUCACUAGUCAUCAAAUCAGAGUCGGCAGUAUCAUUGGCAAAGGAAGCCAGUAGUCACUCCAUUCCAACGUCAAUCCCGUCGAGCGAAACUCCUUCGUUGACACCAGCUUCUACACCUGUACCGUCAUCAUCGCAAGAACCGAUGAAUUUGCAGCCGUUACUUCAACCACAAGCAUCGUUAGCACAGCAACCUUUCGAGCGUGAUACUGUAACUGCUCCACCACAGGAUUCCCCGAAGUCUACAACACCCCGACCUGAACAACAAAACGGUUUGCUCUCGGAGAUGGCGAACUUUACUCAACGACCAGCCAUAUAUGCUUUGCCGCAACAAAGUGGACCUUUACUGAUGCAGUCUUUUUUGCUCGAGGAGUCGGCUGCAGCGAUCCCGAAGAAUCCAGAUGACCAGCCACCUGCAAACAGGUUUGUACCAGCUGUUGUUUUCCUACCUGUUAAAGAGCGUAUCCUCUCUCCGAUGACAAUAUCGUUCACGCUGAGUCCUGCCUAGUGAAAGGGUUUACAAACCAGGACUGCGGCAUGAAUGGUUUUUGUUCCUUCGGAUUCUAUUCAUCUGUCGCCGAAGGGAACCGAGAUGCAUCUGCAGGAGCAAGCUCUCGGUUCUAAAAUAAAUCCGUAGCAAAGUAAAAUGAAUAAAAUGAAGAAUCCGCAAAUACGUACCCAUUAAUCCGAGAUGGUAGUGAAUACCCGGAGCAAAAAGUAAAUCACAUUUAUUCUAUUUGGAAGAAGCAAAGAGAGAAAAUCAAAAUGUAUAAAUAUUUGAUCAACAUAGAUGUAUCGUUGUGUAGUGUCUAUUGCAAAAUAAGUAAGAGAGAGAGACAGAUAGUGCAAAUAUGUCGAGAGCAGGUAAAACCUUGACGGUGCAGCAGUUGCAAAAUUGACGCGAAGUAAGCAAAGAAACAUAGAACAUACCGGGGCGAGUUUCAGCAAAAUGCCGUGCCGUAGAAAGAAGAAAUUAG